UCCAGUCCAGUCCAGUCCAGUCCAGUCCAGUCCAGUAGGUGGCGGUAAUGCGCCUGUAAACUGGUUGCUAACCGCCAAUCAAACCAAAGAAAGACGCCGAAGAAGAAAACGCACGGAUUUGUUUUGUUGUGAGGACGCUGGUGUCUGUGUUGAUCGACAACAACGUUUGAAUUUACGAUCUUAAAAGUCUUCAAAUCCACCGACAAUGAGUCUGUCUCGAAGAACGGAGCUUGUGGCCGACAAAACCAAAUGUAAGAGAAAGAAAGAACUCACCAAGGAUCAGAAACAUGAAAUCAAUGAAUCCCUCGAGUUGUUGGACACUGACAAAGAUAAAGAAAUUGAUUACCACAAGUUGAAGGUGAGCAACAGAGACAAACACCAAGCCAUAAAGUCUGAGGAGCUCUCUGUAGACCUCCGUGAUAAAAUUGUGGCGAGGCAUAAAUCAGGGCAAGGCUAUAAAACCAUUUCUAAAGCUUUGAGUGUUCCCAGGAGCACAGUGGCGUCUAUAAUAGUGAAAUGGAAGAAGUUUGGAACCACCAGGACUCUUCCUAGAGUUGGGCGUCCGGCAAAACUGAGUAACAGGGCAAGAAGGGCCUUAGUCAGGCAGGUGACCAAGAAUCCAACGGUCACUCUAACAGAACUUCAGAAGUUCACUGUAGAGAUGGGAGAUCCAGCCGGAAAGACGACCAUCUUAGCAGCUCUCCACAAAUCAGGUUUUUAUUGUAAAGUGGCAAGACAGAAGCCACUGUGAGUAAAAGACACAUGACAGUCUGCUGGAGUUUGUCAAACACCGUUUAAAGGACUCAGGAAAGACUCUCUGGUCUGAUGAGACAAAAACUGAACCCUCUGGGCAGAACUCCAAACACCAGGCUCUGCUCAUCACCUGGCUAACACCAGCCCUACAGUGAAGAUGGUGGUAGCAGCAUCAUGCUAUGGGGGGGGGGGGUGGCUUCUCAGCGACAGGACCAGGGAGACUGGUCAGAACUGAAGGAAGGAUCAAUGCAGCCAAAUACAGAGAGAUACUUGAAGAAAACUUCCUCCAGACUCCAUGUGACCCAGGACUCGGAUGACAGUUCAUCUUUCAGCACAACAAUGACAACAAUGCCAAAGCCUAGACCGAAACCCGAGGGGGCUGAAGAUGUCAGUUAAGACGCUUCACAUGAAGUCUGACAGGAAGAAUGUAAUAAACUGUCCAUAUCCAGGUGUGAAAAACCUGUAGAGACUUAACCAAGAAGACACGAAGCUGUAACUGCUGCCAAAGCAGCUUCCCCAAUAUUCUCGAUGACUGGUCUGAAUACUGUAGUAAAUGGUAGAUUUAAGUUUUUGAUUUUUUUUUUUUUUUAAAUAAAAUUUCAAAACUUUCUAAACGUGUUGACUUUUU